AUGCAGGCCCACUACUUCUACGAGUACCAACUCUUGUGGCUGGCGAUUGGCUGCUUCAUCGCUCUCAUAGCCGACCACCGUGCCUCCUCACGUCGUCGCCGUGAAACCGUCAAAGAUUCGAAAGACGAACGUGCCGAGGGUGGGAUUAGUAGCGCUGGAACAGCUGGCUCGUUAGCUUCGCUUACAAGACAAUAUUUAACCGUAUAUGCUAUCGUCAUGGGUGCGGACUGGCUGCAAGGUCCAUACGUCUACUCCCUCUACAGUGAGCAAUACCAGCUAGCACCAAACAUGGUCGCCAUUCUGUUCGUAACGGGAUUUAUCUCUGCUGGCUUGGCUGCGCCGUUGGUAGGAGUUUGGGCGGAUCAGCAUGGCCGUAAACGCCUCUGCAUGAUAUUUUGUGCCUCUUACACCUGCGCCUGCCUCUGCAUUCUUGUACCAAUCCUGCCCGUUCUUCUCUUUGGUCGAGUGCUGGGUGGUAUUUCGACCUCCAUUCUCUUCUCUGCAUUCGAAUCAUGGCUCAUAUCUUCCGCCAACUCGCAUGCCAUCCCCCAAAACGACCUCUCCCUCAUCAUGGGUCGCGCAACCCUCGUCAACGGGCUCAUCGCAACCGCUGCUGGGGUUUUCAGCAACCAACUUGUCGGCAUCUCCGGAUCGUUUGCCUCCCCAUUCAUCGCUAGUGGUGCCCUCCUUAUCGUCGCGUGGUUCGUCAUUCGCGCAAUGUGGACAGAAAACUUUGGUGGUGCCUCGGACAAGGCCAGCGCGGAUCCCUUCCAACUCGGUCGUCUGAGUAUUGCCCUUCGCAUCGUUUCGGAAGACACACGUCUCCUCGUUCUCGGCGUCACACAGACAUGUUUCGAAGGCUCCAUGUACCUUUUCGUGUUCCUUUGGGUGCCAUCUCUACAGGAGUUCUCGACUCUAACCCUCCUUCCAUUGGGCUACAUAUUUUCGGCUUUCAUGUUGUCCAUGAUGCUUGGGUCGCUCUUUUACACUCUCCUCUCCACUUCUUCGUCAGAAGGAACGCUCAUAACCCACGCUAAACUAUCGUCAUCAGUCUGCGCACUUGCCGGACUUUCGCUCGCUCUUAGCGUCUCCCAACAGGAUGAACGCACUCGUUUCUGGGCCUUUUGCCUCUUUGAAGCCUGCGUUGGAAUGUACUACCCUGUACAAGGCAUGCUUCGUGGCACCUUGAUCGCCAACGAACAACGCGCAACACUGAGUGCUCUUUUCCGUGUCCCACUCAACAUUUUCGUGGUCGUCAGUCUUCUCACUGGUGUCGCGAGUGCUGGAGCACGAACAACUGUUCUCAGCGCCUGCUCAGUUAUGUUGGCUGCUGCAAGCAUCCUCACAGGCGUCUUUAUCGUGGGGAAAGUAGAUCAAACCGCGGCUCGUGCAUGA